AUUUGAGAUACUGCUUGCCUAGCUGCUCUGUAGCGUUUAGCAUGUUAGCCAUGUGUUUACCUGGUCGAGAUGAGGAUUUUAGUAAGAUUCGAGUCAUUAAUGAACUCUAUGAAGUAUGAAGUUUUAAUUUAAUUUAAUAUAGAUUUUACAAGGUUAGCUACAAUGGCGCGACAGGGUUUAAUCGGUGACCUGGAGACCAAGAGUACGGGGCAGCUGUGUGAAAUAUUGUCACGACAAGAAAAGUUACUAAAGAAUAAGUGUUUCAUUCAAACCCUUCCUGACAAAGGAAAGAAGAUUACUGAGUUUGUGGAGAAAGUCCGCCAUGCUCUAGCAAAUAAGGAGGAAGAAGAGAAGAAGCGGGUCAGGUUGGCCUCUGUGCGAACAGAGUUUCAGUCCAGAUACCAGCAGGCUUUCACUCAGCGCCAGCAUGUCGUCUUCACCGAUGCGCUUGCUGCUGGAACGAGGCUUAAAGAGAAAGAGAUGAACACAGAGCCAUCACUCCUGGUGGAAGCUGCAUGCAGAGCAGAUGGUGAAAACAGCCUGGAGUCCCUCUGUGUAGAGAGCGCCGAGGUGAGAGAGACAACAUCUGGAGACACAGCAACAUCAGGCAAAGAAGACAGAGCUGAGGACACGGAUCUCGCGUCGGCGUUUGAACGCGUUACUUUAACUGAGCAGAGCAACGUUCCUCCCAGAGACACUUCUAGAAAUCCUUUCUUGGGCUUGCAGCAGCAGCAGAAGAAGCCACAUUACAUGGAAGUACUGGAGAGAUCAGACAAAAGUGUGACAAAACCUCGAUUCAGACUCAAUCAACUGCCAUUGAAGUCAGACUCUCCGUCUCCUGGUCAGUCCCCUGGCAGUGUCACCCCACUCAGCGCUGAGGCCCGGAGGCAGAAGGACAGGAAGCACAUCGAUGAUGUCACAUCCGCCAAGCUUCCUCCGCUGCACCACAGUCCUGCACAGUUACUCACACUAGAGGAGUCUGUCACCCUUCUGGAAGAGCAGACAGCAAAGUAUCAGGAACUCCAAGCCAAAAUGGCCGCCCAGAAGCUGGCCGAGGGUUUGACUGUGAGUAUGGACAGUUAUAACCCUGAUGGGGUCGCUCUGGCUGCACACAGAGAGGUGCAUGAUGAUGAUGAUGAUGAGACACUCUCAGAGGAAGACUGACCAAGGAGACUGAUCCUGUGGCUAGAGACAUGCAGAGCUGUAAGAUCAGCUUCUUUAACAGCGUUGUCUCAGGUACUUCCUUGAGUUGGCUGUUGUUCCGCAGGUCAGACUGCAAGGAAGCCAGUUCUGAACACAGAAAAUCUGCUACCGGAAAUGAGCUUUAAAUAAAGCGCUAGUAAAAUCGUUCUCAAAUCAGUGUCUGGUAUGCUGUGCUGAGCGCUAAAUGUUUUUGUGUUCUUUGAUGUAACACCUAAUUUAGUUCGACAGGGCUUUGUAACAACGUACACGAGUCGAGCCAGGUGUUCUACAGAAAGGACCAUCCAGAAAUGACAACGCUGGGAACAACGGAAAUGAAAAGCACUAUGACUUGACUUCAGAAAUAUGGAAACACAUUAUGCAACAAUUUAUUAGGGUUUUUUUUUUUUUUAUUUUUUUUUUUUGCAAGACCUUUUUUUAGUGCGCAGUCAAAAAUAAAUCAUUUUGACAGCUUACGUCUGUGAUCUGAUGUCAGUUUUUACUGUCAGUUUAAAAAAAAAAGCUUAAAAACCUUCAAUGUGGAAGCACUUAUUGUUAUGACAUAACACAUGUCAUAACAAUAAGUGCUUCCACAUUGUUAUGACAUAUGAGCACAACAACUGCUUGAAAGAAAUUUCGUUUUUUUCUGGAAUUGUUUUGUUAACCUUGACCCCACUUAGGUUUGAUUAGAGUGGCGAGUCAGCCAUCUUUAAAGUGUGCGAUGUUAUCAAUACAGAAAUCUCUGCCAUGCCUUCCAUGAUUAAUAUAUAUGCAGUGUGAAAUACUGAAGCUUGAAAAAUUUGGCCUAAUUACUGGAAUACAUCUGGAGUGCAUUUAGCUCAUGUUACAGCAGAGAGUGGCAGUGCAUGAUGGGAUGGCAGCAGACAGACAUGACAUAUGGCAAAUACAAUCCUCUUACUUAAUGUGCAGAUAAGAAACGCCAAUAACCUCAAAGCCCUCCAGCUUUCAUUCACAGUAAAUCUCUCCAACUCUCUAAAUGUCAGAGGUACAUUUCUUUAAAUAAGACUCAGUCUGGCGCGAUGCUCUCUGAUAACCUUUGCUGAUUGCUGCCCCAUGUGAUGGUGGGAACCUGGCGCAUCUGGCACUUCUGUGUUCAUAACUGGGAGUAUGAUGAGCUCCAGAGUGGAGACAUCUGAUAAUAAAUAUACCAUACAUGUCCAGGAAGGAUCUUCUCACUGCUGGUGUUAAUUAAAGCCCACCUUGCUUGGAGGCUGUUACCAAUUACCAAUUAAAGGUUGUUUGACAUCGGCAUUGUCCACGGUUACUCACGUAUGUCGAUUACGGCUGGCUCAGAACCGAGCAUUGGAUCUGAAGCCAGAACCUUUAAGCUGUACGUUUUGGCACUUGUUUGUGCAAGCAGGGAAUUACACACCCAUUCAGAUUAAUGAACCCCUCAUGGGGUCUGCUAGUGAUUUUCUCCAACAGCAUGUCCGAGAUCACGUCCAUAGGGAUUGUGAAUAACCUCUGGGAGGCAAAGAGAGGGAUAAAACAAUAGUAUAUAAUUUCUCUGAAUGUCUUUCUAAAGACGUGCCAGCAUGGCAUUAUAUCAAGCAUGCAUGAUGUAUAUAUUGGCAUCGACCUCCAUCUGAUUUAGCAAGGGAACAACUGCAUUAUUUUUGCAAGAUUAUGAACUCUGAGGUAAUAUUCCUUUCAUUCACUAGUGAUUUAGAGUUUUUUUUGUCCUUUGUGGUUUUCACAGCGUCUGAAUUGUGGUACAAUAAUGCAUCCCUGGGACGUUUCAGAGGCUUCCUGCAGAUAGGGUUUCACUCUAUCUCCCUGUCCCAAUUAAAACCAUCUCUUUCCCUCUGCCUUCCUCCAUUUGGACAUGAUUUAAUUAAAUCUUUCAGGUUUCCCUGGCUUCUUUUAUUAGGGUUUUGAUUCAUGUCUCGUCCAUGCAGUAUAUACGUCAAAGUCUGUUUAAAAAUAUUUAAGCCUCACUGGGGAUCUGCUUUCUCAGUAAACCUCAGGCGCGCUUUCAUUAACUUUCCCUGACGUGGACGUGGCUGUUUUUAGGAGAAAGAUGUUACAAGGCCUGCACUGCUAACAAUCCUCCCGUAAUCUGUACUCCUCAGAAACCAAGGCCAAGGACAGAGACACUCUAAAUCAAACCGACUGCCCUUCACCACAGACAACAUCUCCAACAUUGUGUACUGUUUUGUCUAGACCAUGUGUUUGUAAUAAUAAUGAUGUACAAGAUUCCAGCUAACAGGGUUUCUUAUCGACCCAUGAUUCCUUACCGUCAUGUACAACAGCUUUAUUAUGUCAUUUUUAUCACAAACACAUUGUGUGUAAGUAUAUCAGGGACAUCUGUAACAGAUUUAAGAGGAUACAGCUGAGCAGACACAACUAUUAAUGGUGUGGGAUGCUUGUCGAGACCGUUUUAAAUGUUUUGAGGAGACACUGUAACCAUUUUUGGAGUGCGAUGCUCUAUAAUUGGCCAUCAGAUGUCAUUAUUUGGAGGCUGCUGAAAUGGCAGCGGUUGCAUUUGGCAAGCUGGCAUGCUUGGCUGUUUUUGGGAAAUGAGGUGCUUGGGAUUACUGUAAAAAAAGAAAAUGCCACUCUGUCCGUCUUUCAGCAUCAGGCGCUCGCGAGCAGCAUAGCUGUGUCUCGACAUCUGCUCUUUCUUCAAGUCCGUGUAAAGAAAAAAGGUGUUUACUUUCAAAUGAAUAAUGCCUUGCUGAAAAGAGAGCAUUGGUUCUUCCUCUGUUCCUCAAACUGGUAGACCCCCCCCACACACACACAUUAGACAUUUCCUUUCAAAAAACACCUUUAAGAUGCCAUAUGUUGCUUGUAAAAACAUUUUUUAAACAUUUAAGUUUUAUCUUUUAAUAAAUGUUUACCACCAUCAUUAUCAUCAUGCCAUCUAUAAGCAUAUUCAAUAAUUCUGAAAUAUGGAUCCCCAGGUCCAUGGUACAACAGGCAAACAACACAUUUUUAUAUUGUGCGUAAAAGGUAAGAGAGAAAAGCAAUGAAACAAUCACAUUAUAAUGACAAGUGAAGAACGACAACACACUGUGCUGUCUGAACAUGACCUGCUCUAAGGCUACACUAUUCACAGGUAAGGAGAAGAGUCCCAUAGCUGAAGGCUUCGGGAGUAACAGCGAAUAAGAUUCAUAUUUUGAAAACUCAACAACCCUAGAAUUAUUGCUUACUGAUAUUAAAAUUUUCUACAUUGUCUGCUCAACAUGGCUAUAAAGAGUGAUGAUUUUGAGAUAUUUUAUCCUUGCUGGCAGCUCAAACAAGUCUGGUCAUUUUCUUCUGGUCAGUAACAACUCACAGAACUGUUGCUUUGUGAUGGGAUUUUAUUUUAUUUCACCAUUCUGCGUAAACUCUAAAGACUGUUGUGUGUGAAAAUUAAAGAACAGCAUUUUCCAAAAUACUCGAACCAUCCCAUCUGGCACACAACCAUGCCAUCUGCAUGUGAUCAUGGUUAAAGUCACUGAGAUCACAUUUUUCUUCAUUCUGAUGUUUGAUGUGAACAUGAACUAAAGACCUGCAUCUGCAUGAUUUAAUGCAUUGCACUGCUGCCACAUGAUUGGCUGAUUAGAUAACUGUAUGAAUAUGUAGCUGUCCAGGACCUAAUAAUGUGGAUAGUAAGUGUAUAAAUAUACAUUAUGCUUCAUGUACUUUGCAUAUCACAAAGGCCAGUGUCAUAAUAAGCAUAAAUGAAUGUUUUUUGUUCAGGCUGACACAGAGCCAAUAUCAGAUAAACUAUAUAUCUGAUAAUAGAUGUCAUGAUUAUGCAAGUUUCUUUUCAUUUUAGCAGUGGUGACGGGAAAAUGUUUGCCUUAAGUCACUCGUGGAUGCAAUUUGGAAAACCACGCUGUAAUCUUUUAAGGGUUAUCAGAAGUUCUUUGUAAGUGCAUACGGCUCUCUUCAAAAGUAUUGGAACGGCUCGUUCUUUUUGUUUUUGCUAUACGUUGGAGACAUUUGGUUUUGAGAUCAGGAGACGCCUAUGAGACAAUUCAAUUGGAAUUCUAUCAUUUCAUAACCGUCAUUCGAUCGCAAACACAAAAACUGUGUACAGCAAAAACCAAAGAAUUUACCUCAAUGUUCCAAUACUUCUGAUGGGGCUUGUGUAUUACUGUUGUUAUUGUGUAUUAAUAUCAUUGCCGGUGAAUCAUAUUCCACCCAAAGUCUGAUCAAGUGUGUUGUGACUAGUAUUUGAAGCACCCCUGUGUACUAAUACUCAUAAUAUCAUUCCUUGUUUUUAACUGUGUCUGUUUCUUCUACAAAGGUCUUUUAUGUCGUUAUAAGCCUUACUCAACCCCAGUAAUAUUGCUAUAUUUGUUUGUCUUCUGUAUUGUACUGGAUUCUGCCUUGUUUUAAGUUUGCUUUAAUAAGUGUUUAACCAGUGUGUAGAGACAGGAGAUGGCAGCAGUAGCUUGAUUUUCAUGCCUGAAUGGAGACAGAAUUAGAAAGCAAGGUGUGUUCAGGGUAUGAGAUGAGGGAGGAUUAGUCUCUUCCUGGAGGCUUGAGGCUUUUAAAUAAGACAAACAUGACUACACAGACAUGCAUACAUAACACUUUACUUUACUGAAGUUUGUCCGCAUAUCUCUAGUUGCAGGAUGUUUUCAGUCAGAUUUCGGUAUAUAUUCUUACAGAGUUUACUUUUUGGUAAAAUGAUAAAUCAAGGUUCAGUAUAAACUUUUGGAAUUGAGAUCCAAGUGUCCAAGUGUAUAAGCAAAUAUGAAUAACUGAAUAAAUGUCUUUGGUAUGAUACUGAG